UAUCGAAACUAUCGAUUGCUGCGUAUAUCGAUGUUUGUAUACCUCAAUCCAGACCUGGUGGUAUAGACAAUCGCUGGUGGAAUUUUAAUUGAUUUAUUUACUGCGGCUGGACAAACCUCAAUGGCACCUGAUUGUCUGGCAGCUCUGCCCAAAGCGUUGCUUCUCCACUGACACUCGCAUAUCGAUUUAGGACAGUUCGCAAAACAUUUUCGAAGGAAGCGCAAAAAUGCGCACCGCUCUGCGGGGACCCAAAUGAAAGGUCUUCUGUUGAAUCAGGACAAAAACUACAACUAUGGAGUUACCCAUACAGGUGGCUGUGCGUAUUUUCCCGUAUAGUGAACCAAAGGAUCGGAAGGGGACUGACAAUCUUGCGUGCGACAAGGAGGUUCCAGCCAGAGAAGAGGAUGGGUCCAAGGACACUAGCGAGAGGGCUGAAGGCGAGUCCCCCGAAGAAGAUUCUGCCGUAGAAAAGCCCCUGGAAGUGCCAGAUGCGAACGGAAAUUCUGGGGAAGAUGUUCCUGCCAAACCUCAAACCAAGACGGAUACCAAUGGAAACGAAGGUGGAAAAAACGAGUCUACUGAGCCGCAGUACUGCGUUCAGGCUAUUCCUAUUAGCUCCUCCUUGGGGUUGCCCAGCGCUGUACCGGGGGGCGAUCCAAUGGAUAACAUAGCGGCCGGGCUCAUCCAGGUGGGCCCUCACUCGGUGCCCGUCACCCACGCCCUGGACAGCAACUGCAGUCAGCGGCAGGUGUACCACCAGACCGUUCUUCCACUAAUAAGCCUGUUCCUGGAGGGUUUCGACGCCUCUGUCGUUACCUAUGGCCAGCGGGGACAGGGUAAGACCUACACACUGUACGGGACGGUUUACGAUGACGCCCAGAAGGAUGCCGUGGAAGGAGUGGUUCAAUUAUGCGUGAGAGAUAUAUUUGCCCACAUAUCUUCGCACCCAGAACGUACCUACGCCGUCAAUGUUGGAUUUGUUGAAAUCUGCAAUGGGGAUGUGUGCGACCUUUUGGGCAUCGGCAAUGUACACUGCACCAAUGUAGAUGCCGUAUUCCGCCUGCUGCAGGUGGGAUUCGCGGCACGACACUCUGGGCCUGCGCACACGCUGUUCACAGUCACCCUGGAACAGCAGUGGGUGUCCAAGGAAGGUCUGCUCCAGCACCGGCUCUCCACUGCCAGCUUCUCGGACCUGUGUGGCACCGAGCGCUGUGGCGAACCCCCAUCUGGUCGUCCCCGUGACGAUGGCUUGCACAUGCUGGAGCAGGUGGUAUACACCCUCACUGAUCCAGACCUAAUGUAUGCUGUAAACGGAAACAUUCCCUACGGAGAGACCACUCUGACAACGUUGCUAAAGGACUCGUUUGGAGGUAGAGCUCAGACGCUUGUGCUUCUGUGCGUAUCUCCACUGGAGGAGCACUUGUCGGAAACAAUGGGCAACCUGCAGUUCGGCUUCAAGGUGCAGUGUGUCCGUAACGUCGUGAUAAUGAAUACCUUUUCUGACGACAACACCAUGAUCGUGAGGCCGCCAGAUCUUCAACCACAGCCCUUACAGCAUCCCGGGGCGGGGCCACUGGCGCAAGCUGCCCAAGGUGACAAUUUCGGACUGCAAUUCGCAGCCAGUCAGUGGUGCAAGCUGGUAUCUAAUGCCGAGGGACUGUUUGCGAAAUUAAUAGAUUCGAAGCUGAUUAGCGAAGAUGAAAAGGAACAAAUUGUGGAGUGGAUGUUCCUAAAACAGGAGUGCGAGGAAUGCCUUAGUUCCACGGAGGCUAUGCGCCACCACCAACCACUGGUGCCCAUACAGGAGGCUGAGGAGCCGGAAGAAAUGGAGAUUUUAGAGCAGGGCCACUCCGAACCAGCCAAUUCGGAGGCAGCCAAUUCAGAGGCCGCCAAUUCGGAAGCAGCCAACUCAGAGGCGGCUAACUCGGAACCAGGAAACUCCGACAAUGAGAACGACACGGAUAACGAGUCGCAACGCCCCGAUUUUGCAGACAAACUGGAGGGGCUCAAGGAGGAGUUUCGCGCCAAGACAGAUGCCUUGAUCUUGGAAAAGUACACCGAAUAUCUGUCGAAGCACCCUCAAGCGGUGAUGCAGAGCCAAGAUCAGGACAACGAGCCAAAGCUGCAGGCUGAGCAGAGUGACGACAGGAAGAGCAGCGUAGGUGGUCGCAGGAGAAGUAUCCAACCAGGUGCCAGCUUGAGCACAUCGGAACUCGCCAUGCUCAGUCGCGUUGCUGCACAACAACCAACUCCGGCCAGUGAAGUCGAGCCGUUUGUGGAUCCUCUGGAGAGUUCUUCGGGCGAGGGGCUGCGUAAAGCAGCACUGGCCGUCGCAAACUCGCCCAUCGAACAGCUGCAGAAAAAAUUGCGGAAGCUGGGAGCCGAGAUCGAGGGACGCGAGAAGCAGCUGCACGAGAUUCAGAAAACUAUGAAGGUGAAACAGAACAUUAUUGGCGAGCUGGUGAAGAACAGCGACACGCGCAGCCACGCCAAGCAGCGGUUCAAUAAAAAGCGGGGCAAACUGGAAGCCGAAUGCGAGAAGGCCAAGAAGCAGCUGGGCAAGGCACUGGUGCAAGGCCGGGACCAGACAGAAAUCGAGCGAUGGACCUCGGUCACCUCACACCUUGAGCGGCGCUUGGAAGACCUGAGUUCCAUCAAGCACAUUGCCGGCGAAAGUGGCCAGAAGGUAAAGAAGCUGCAGCAAUCCUUGGCCGAAUCCCGAAAGCAGGCCGAGGACCUGGAGAAGAAGCUGCGAAAGGAAGGAAAACUGCGGGAUCAGCUCGAGGCGGAGCUGACGAAACUGCAGCAGUUGCAGGACAAGGGCAAGGAACAGUGCAAGGAGCUGGUGAAACCGGCUGUAGAUGGCCCCGAACAGCAGGGCCGACAGUUAAAGGCGGUGCAGGCGAGGAUCACCCAUCUGAAUCACAUUCUGCGCGAGAAAUCUGACAACUUGGAAGAGCAACCGGGACCGGAACAACAGGAGAGCCUGCGUCACGAAAUCCGCAACCUGCGUGGCACUCGGGACUUGCUUCUGGAAGAACGUUGUCACUUGGACCGCAAGCUGAAGCGGGAGAAGGUUUUGACCCAAAAAGAGGAACGCAAGCUGCUGGAGUGCGACGAAGCCAUCGAGGCAAUAGACGCGGCCAUAGAGUUCAAAAACGAACUCAUCUGUGGCCACCGUUCCAUUGAUACCAGCGAUCGCCUGCAGCGCGAAAAGGGGGAACAGAUGCUAAUGGAACGCUUGAACCGGCUGUCGGAGGAGGAGAUGCGCACCUUGUUGUACAAGUACUUCACCAAAGUGAUUGAUUUGCGAGACUCCUCCCGUAAGCUGGAGCUCCAACUGAUACAGCUGGAACGGGAGCGCGAUGCCUGGGAGUGGAAGGAGCGUGUGCUGUCCAAUGCGGUACGCCAGGCUCGCCUGGAGGGGGAACGGAAUGCCGUACUGCUGCAGCGCCAGCACGAAAUGAAGCUGACCCUCAUGCUGCGCCACAUGGCCGAGGAGACUUCCGCCAGUUCGGCUAGCUACGGAGACAGGGCUUUGGUUCCCAACACGACAUCCACCGCUGCGGCGGCGAACAACUAUGAGAUGGACUUCUACAAGACAAACAGCGGAAGCCAUGGCAAGGCUAUGGUGAAAGCCCCCAAGCCGAUGCCCACCGGAGCGGCUCUGGACAAGUACAAGGACAAAGAGCAGCGCAGCGGGCGGAAUAUAUUUGCCAAGUUCCAGGUACUAACCAGAUACGCUGCGGCAGCAGCUGCCGGCUCCUCGGGCUCCACGGCGGAAGAGUCUACUGCUCUGAUCGAGUCUAGCACCACAGCCACGGCCACCACCACGACCACAACAACCACAACUGGAGCGAUCGGCAAGGUGAAGGACAAGGCCCUGAUUAGCUUCAAGCCAGAGCAGCUGAAGCAACUAAUUCCACCGCCGACAGCCACUAAAGUAACGCGUCAAAAGAACAAGAUUAUCAUCCAGGACGCCAGUCGCCGUAAUUAAAGACGAAUUUAAAACUUUCCUUAAGUAGCGAGAUCGGUACCAAGACCCUACUACAAACAACAUUUUACGCGAAUUUUUUUCAGACUUUAUACUUUUAAGAAGCAAUUAUCAGGUUUUCAGAAUAUCAAGAUUUAUUUGUGUACAAAAAUAAGGACUCCCAGGAGAGAGCCUGGGCCCACGUACUGAAGAACUUUCGUCCACAGUCACGAUACAGACUUAUGGUUCUCUGUUUCUUUAGUUGGUAUGCAUUUAUUUUAAUUUACUUAUACAAAUAGCAUAUGAAACUAACUAUCCUCAAAAGAUUUAACUGUAAAGACUUGACCCGAUACUUAAGAUACUCACAAGACCACACACAAAUAUGUCGCUCAAACGAUCGCUCGAAUUUCGAAUCUCUCAUGGUUUUUUAUGUAAAUAAGAAAUGUGUUAAGUUACCGUUUAUUAUUAUUGAUUUUAAGGUUUAGAUUAAUUGUAAACACUUGUGUCUUCCCUCGAAUUUGACAUGACUUUUGUUACAACUCCAAAUACUCGUAUUCUUUAUCCAUUAGCCAGUUUAAGCAAUUCUUCCUAAUGCAUUUAAGAUUUAACAUUUAUGAUUAAAAGUUACAAAAUACUCGUACUAUGACGACACAUA